CUCAUCAAACAUGGCGGCGCGCGGAGCAUAUCCGAUCACGUGACGCGCUAUGGCUGCCGGAAGUGAAGAUGUUCGGUGCCCAUGUGAAGCGCCGGCUGAAGGAUGCUCUGCUGGUCCUCGGGGGCGGAGGUCUCCUCUUUUCCUCCUAUCUUACUGUAAAAGGGGAUGAACACUUUUACGCGGAAUGUCUUAUGCCAGCAUUGCAGAAAGUGGUAUCACCUGAACUGGCGCACACGCUCUCCGUAAGGUUUGCAGCUCUUGGACUGGUCCCACGAUGUGCGCAGCAUCACUCACAACAUCUGGAGACAACCGUCCUAGGUCACAAGUUCCGCAACCCAGUGGGCCUGGCUGCCGGGUUUGAUAAGCACGGAGAAGCUGUAGAUGGACUCUACAAAAUGGGGUUUGGUUUUGUGGAAAUCGGAAGUGUUACCCCAAACCCUCAGGAUGGAAACCCGAAGCCCAGAGUCUUUCGCCUUCCUCAAGACAAAGCCAUUAUCAACAGAUAUGGAUUUAACAGUCAUGGUAUAGACGUGGUUCGCCAACGAUUGCUGCAGAGGGCAGACAAGCAGAGGAUGCUUACAGCUGAUGGAAUGCCACUAGGUGUAAACCUGGGAAAAAAUAAGACCUCGGAGGAUGCGGCUGCUGAUUACACAAGAGGAGUACGUGAACUCGGACCCCUGGCAGACUACUUGGUUAUCAAUGUGUCAAGCCCAAAUACCCCAGGCCUGAGGGAUCUUCAAGGAAGAGAACAGCUGCACCAUCUGCUGGCCAAAGUAGUAAAGGCUAGGAAUGCCUUGCCUCGUGAACACAGGCCUGCAUUACUUGUGAAGAUUGCACCUGAUCUGUCCCUACGUGAUAAGGAGGACAUUGCGAGUGUAGUGACCCAGCUUGGAAUUGAUGGUCUGAUAGUCACCAACACAACAAUUAGCCGCCCUUCAACGCUAAAGAGUCCUUCUAGCGUAGAGACGGGUGGGUUAAGCGGAGCUCCACUUCGAGACAUGUCUACAGAAACUAUUAGAGAAAUGUAUGCUUUGACCUCAGGUCAGGUUCCCAUCAUUGGUGUGGGGGGUGUCAGCUGCGGAUUAGACGCUCUUCAGAAGAUCCGUGCAGGCGCCUCUCUUGUUCAGCUAUACACAGCACUUACUUAUCAAGGACCCCCCAUUAUAGGAAAAGUGACCCGGGAAUUAGAGACGUUGCUUACUGAACAAGGAUUUUCCAGCGUCUCUGAAGCAGUGGGCGCAGAUCAUAGAUCCCAAAGUCACAACUCGGCUGCCAAAUCCUAAUGAAAAUCCACAGCGUUCCGGUAACUUUACAGGUGGAGGAGACUGCUGUGCAGCAGUGAUGCGAUGCAAGUUGUUUGGAAGCCAGGUCCUUAAUAAAGUGAACUUUGCGUUGCCGCCCUCUGUACCGGGAAGUAUUUAUUAGGCCACGCAACAAUGACUGACCAAUAUCUGCAAGCAUCAACGACCAAGUCUUCACAUGGGAAGAAGGAUGCAAGAUGUCUACGGGUGUGGACUUUAUGGACUAAAUCACUUCAAUAAAAUUAUUUCAUCAGA